AUGGAAGUCUGGUUCUUAUUAGUAACGGCAUUCAGCCUCUUGCGGACCCUGGAGACGGCCUCGCCCUCCGUGGACAACUCGCCGCCGCAGAUCCACCACGGCUGGAACUACCCUCCUGACCACAACGAGGAAGAAAUCAGAAACAAGGUGCACAACUGGAACGAAAACUCCGGCACCAACAUCUGGGAGCACAGCGGCUUGAAGGAGGGUGAUAUUAUGGAACAGGCUCACACCAAGGGCAGGAACGUGGUCAAGUCGAGGAAGAUUAAUUGGCCGCACGGAAUCAUCCCCUUCAUUCUGCAGCCUGGCAUGAACAGUGGAGAGAAAAAGGCCGUGCAACGCGGUAUGGAGUGGGUGAUGGAAAGGUCAUGCAUCAAGUUCCGACCCUACCGCUCUGGGGACAAGGACUACGUGCACCUCAUGUACAACCUGACCGGCUGCUGGGGCUACGUGGGCCGUCAGGGCGGCGGGCAGGUCAUCAGCCUGCAGAGGCACGCGUGUUUCAUUCCGGGCUCCGUGGCCCACGAGCUGCUGCACGCCACAGGCUUCCACCACGAGCAGAGCGCGCCUAACAGGGACGAAUACGUCUUUAUCAACUACACCAACGUCGAAAAAGGCAAAAAGCAUCAAUUCCAAAAGUACAGCUCCAACGUAGUGACAGACUACGGCGUUGGCUACGAUUACGACAGCUUGAUGCACUACAGCAGGAAGGCAUUCUCUAAAAAUGGCCAGGACACCAUAAUUCCCUACCAACCUGGUGUGGAGAUCGGCCAAAAGAGCCACAUUUCCGAGAAGGACUACGAAAAACUCAAUUUCAAAUACUGCAACAAGACGGUUGAGGAGAUGGAGCACGAGGAGCACACCACUCAAUCGAUCAGGCCGACCUCCGGCCCGAGACCUGGCACCGUGGUCAAACCCGACUCGUCAGGGCCGAAUAACAACAGGCCCGGAGGAAACAGUAACAGACCAAACGGAGGCUCAGGAGGGAACCGACCUGGCGGAAACCGCCCCGAGAGCAGCGGAGGAAGACCUGGCUCGGGAGGAAAUCGCCCUGAGAACAGUGGCAGCAGGCCAGGUGGAAACCGACCUGGCUCGGGAGGAAAUCGCCCUGAGAACAGUGGUGGCAGGCCAGGGGGAAACAGACCUGGUUCGGGAGGAAAUCGCCCUGAAAACAGUGGCGGCAGGCCAGGGGGAAACAGACCUGAAAACAAUAGACCUGGCAAUGGGGGAAACAGACCUGGUGGAAACCGUCCUGAGAACAGCGGAGGCAGGCCUGGGGGACGACCUCCACCAACAAGGAGACCGAAUUAA